CUUAAUGUGUGUUUACUUUUGAGAUGUAAUAAACAAGUCGUUGUUAAUUAAAGUAUUUAGUGUUAAAUGCAUACGAACUGACUUACACAAUGAGCAAAAAAAUAAGUUUUGGCAAAAUCAGUGCAAAUUUUGGUCAAAAUGCAUCAAAAAUUGAACCCACCGGUUCGAUAGGGACUUUCGGACCUCCUAAAGCCAUUGAAGCCCUAGAAGAUGACUCGGAGCAGCAAAAAAUGAAAAACGUUAUGGGUAUAUCUUCAUUUGGCAAAAAGGCAAAGUCUUUUGACAUUAAAGAAAUGAUGGCACAGGUAAAACAAACAGCACGAGAAGUUACUAAACAACCUGAAGAGGACAAAUUAAGUGAUGAUUCUGAAGACAGUGAGGAGGAUGAUGAAUUAAUUGGACCACCAAUCCCGGCCAAUCUUACAAAUCCAGAGGUAACAAAAUCCAAACCACAAAAACAAAAUACUAACAGUGAUAGUGACAGUGAUGAAGAUGAUGAUGAUGAAGGUGAUAAAUUGUUUAUACCUUGCACUCAUGAGGCGUCAAUGACUCAUGGUACCAAAGCUGUCACUGCUGUUAGUGUGGAUCCAAGUGGUGCCCGAUUAGCUUCUGGAUCUGUUGAUUAUGAUGUCAGCUUUUGGGACUUUGCAGGGAUGGAUUCAAAUAUGAGAAGCUUCAGAACAUUGCAACCAGCUGAUAAUCAUCCCAUAAGGGGGCUUGAGUAUUCAAGUACUGGAGAUUUGCUUCUCGUUAUUUCUGGUGCAAGUCAGGCUAAAGUAAUUGACAGAGAUGGAUUUGAAAAGUUAGAAACAGUUAAGGGAGACAUGUACAUAACAGAUCAGGCGAGAACAAAAGGACAUACAGCAGGAUUAUUGGCAGGUAUUUGGAAUCCUAUUGUCAAAGAAGAAUUUAUUACAACCAGUGCUGAUGGUACUGUGAGAACUUGGGAUUUUUAUGAAUCUGGUAGAAAUCACAAACAGUUAAUAAAGUGCAGAGCUCAAAACGGAUUGAAGGUUUCGCCAACGGCCGUAAACUACAAUCGUGAGGGAAAAGUAAUAGCCUGUGGCUGUGGCGAUGGCUCAAUCCAACUGUGGGACUUUAGAAAAAGUUCUGUUGCACCAGCCAGUCAAAUCCGCAAAGCACAUCAACCUACAGAAAUUACCAGUAUCAAAUUUUCACAUGUUGGUGAUAAUUUAUUAACUAGGAGUUCUGAUGAAACUAUGAAGUUAUGGGAUGUACGGAAUUUCAAAAAAGCAAUCAAUGAGGUCUCUGGAUUAUUCACAAGAUAUGAUACAACAGAUGCUAUAUUUAGCCCCAAUGACAAAUUGGUGGCAACAGGUGUGUCUUUAAACAAAGGAGAAAAAUCCGGCGUGGUAUUAUUUUAUGACACAUUAAACUUUAAUCUGGUGAGGAAAAUGGCUGUGGUUGAUUCACAUACAAUUAAAAUUGUUUGGCAUCCAAAACUGAAUCAAAUAUUUGUUGGUACUGGCAAUGGAUUAAUUAAAUGUUUCUAUGAUGACAAGAAGAGUUUAAGAGGUGCAACCCUAUGUGCCAUAAAAAUUCACAGGAAGGCACAACAUUCAGAAGUCGUUAGCACGCAACAAGUUAUCACACCACACGCUUUGCCCAUGUUUAGGAAGGAGCGUCACAAGACCAGCAGAAAGCAAAUGGAGAAAGAUAGGCUAGAUCCAGUUAAAUCCAAAAGACCUGACUUGCCUAUUACUUCAGGUCAAGGUGGUAGGGUGGCUUCUAGCGGUGGAACACUUAGUAGUUAUGUAAUAAGAAACCUAGGUUUGAGUAAAAGGGUUGAUGAUGACCAAGACCCUAGAGAAGCCAUUUUGAAAUACGCUAAAGAAGCAGAAGAAAAUCCUUACUGGAUUACACCCGCUUAUAAGAAUACGCAGCCAAAACCAGUUAUGUCUGGCCAAGGCAGCGAUGAACCCGAGCAAAAGAAACAGAAAACUGAAUAAUUACUAUUUUAAUAUAGGUAUUUUUCUGUUUUAAUUAGAAAAUAGUACAAUUGAAUUGAUUGGUUGAUAGAAAUAAAUUUAUUCAAAUAAAUACAA